GCAAAGCGUCAUGGGAAACCAAGUCCUAGUUAGUCCUUCCGUUACUUUUCGGCGGUGUACUGAAACUGGGUAUAGAACACCAUUUCCCAGAAUUCCGCGCAGUUUCUGCACAUCGACUCAUUUUCAUACAUGGGGAAUAUGAGAGCGGUGAAGAAAUGGGAAAGACCAGCAGCGUGGGGGGCAUUAAAUAAAAUGUUACGCGGUUAGGAAGCGGGAGGAGGACGCUAAUGUAAUCCUGGAAGAGCUUUCCGUGUGAGGGAGCAGAAAACCUGUUUAGUCGUGGCGGUUUUUUGGUGUUGUUUGGCGUUGAGAGAGGCAAGGCGCCUCCCUGUAGCUGUUUUUUUUCGGUUUGGCUUCAGCUGCAGUGACCGAGCUGCACCGAAAUGGCCCAAAGCACAGCAGUAGCCACACACCGCUCAUUACUCACACUCAUCUAUGCAAGCGAAAAUGUUCCGUUCACUAAUAACAAAUAAUCUCGGAGCCGUUUCUCUGACGGACCGCCGACUGUAGCCAUAAAACGUCCAAGUGCCGAAAAACUAGAGUGCGAGUUUGUGCUUGAUAUUAGGAAAAGGUUUUUUUUAAAAAGUGCAGGUCACAUGGAGCGAGCAGGAAGCAUUCAGCUGGACAUCCCUGACUUCAGCAACUCUGUCCUGUCUCACCUGAACCAGUUGCGCAUGCAGGGCCGUCUGUGCGACAUCGUCGUGAACGUGCAGGGCCAGAGCUUCCGUGCCCACAAGGUGGUCCUGGCUGCCAGUUCACCCUAUUUCCGGGACCACAUGGCACUGAGUGAGAUGAGCACCGUGUCCCUGUCAGUUAUCCGCAACCCGUCGGUGUUUGAGCAGCUCCUCUCCUUCUGCUACACGGGCCGCCUGUGCUUGCAGCUGGCUGACAUCAUCAGCUACCUGACCGCCGCCAGCUUCCUGCAGAUGCAACACAUCAUUGACCGCUGCACACAGAUUUUGGAGGGCAUCCACUUCAAGAUCAGUCUGGCUGACGUGGAGGAGGAGCUGCGUAGCCGCCGGAGCACGGGACGAACCAUUGAGGCUGAGAGGGGUGGCUCGUGCUCGCUUAGCCCCAGGCAUGGUGGUUCAAGAGUUCUGGCUACACAUGGAGUUGCUACCGGGGUCAUGGAAGUGAGCGAGAUCAGGGAGGUCAGUCCACCCGGGGAAUCCAUGAGCCCGCAGAUCGUCGAGCACAGUGGGCUCGGGCCUGAAGCUGUGGGUGCUGUGAACGAGCCCAUACUGCGCAUUAACCGAGCGGGGCAGUGGUACGUUGAGGCAGGACCUGACAUGGAGAGGAGCAGGGAUGAGACCAUGCAUGUUGUGGAAGGCCUGCGCAUCAAGACCGAACGCAUGGAGGAGUGGAUGGGGGCAGAGACUCAAGCCUCAGCCGAGGAAGGGAGCGGGACAGAGGAGGGGCCUACUGUGAUGAUUGACACCUCGGGACGCAGCACGCUGGUGCAGGAGGGCUUCAUUACUGGCGCAUCCAGAGCCAAAAGCUCUCAGCCGUCCAGCAGCUUCAGCGAGUCUGAGAGGUUUAGCCCAACAGGCAGCGUGGUGGUAAUGGCUGAAAGACCAAGGGCCAAAAGCGAGUCUCCAGGAAGAGUGGACGAUCAGAGGCAUCCUAGCUCUCAGGGAGAGGAAGCAGCCGUGUUUGAUGUGGGAGGGUAUGAGGAGUAUCUGCGUGAGCAGGUGGGUGAUCGCUGGUUCCGCUACAACCCACGCCUCACCUGUAUCUACUGCUGCAAGUCCUUUAACCAGAAGGGCAGCCUUGAUCGUCAUAUGCGGCUGCACAUGGGCAUCACGCCAUUCGUGUGCCGCAUGUGCGGAAAGAAGUACACGCGCAAGGACCAGCUGGAGUACCACAUCCGCAAGCACACUGGAAACAAGCCCUUCCACUGCCACGUCUGUGGCAAGAGCUUCCCCUUCCAGGCUAUCCUCAACCAGCAUUUCCGCAAGAACCAUCCAGGCUGCACGCCACAUGAGGGCUCGCAUAGUGCCUCGCCUGAAACCACCACCAACAACAACAAUAACGUCAACAACGCAAACGCCAAUGCUGCAACCCCACGCCGCACUCAGCAUGACGAUGACGAUGAGUCUGAGGGAAACGGCGCAGGAGCCAGAGGAGCUUCGUCUUUUGGGGAGGGGAUACAACCAUCGGUCUCCACCACUGGGCCUGAUUGAAGGGAUUGGGUUCAAUACAAUGCAUGGAGGUUGAGGAGAUAAAAACGUUUGGGGCUUUAAGGAAAAAAAGAAAACAAAAAAAAAAGAAUUUUUCUAGAAGCCAGUCAACAAUGGGCAUGUGCAGGAGCUGAUGGAGCACGGUAUAUCCGGCUGCUUGAAAAGCUGCUGUCGGUCUGAUGUUAAAAAAAAAUAUGAGGAGGAUGAGUUGGUGGGUAUUUUAUCUUCGUUUCUUAGACGUUCUUUCAACUGUACGUAAGUAAACAAACAUGAGACAACAAAACAAAUGCUAAGACCGUUUGCUAUAAAACUAAACUAGAGUAAUAGUGAUUAGGUAUUUAUAAAUAAAUAACAUAUGCGCUUUAAACCGCAUCUACCUUCAGUUGCACAAACUGAACCGUUACUUCAACAAAUGAAGACAAGCCACACUCCAACAACCUCACACACCACUGGAUGCAGUUAUUUCUGUUGGGUUUUUUUCUUCUUCUUUUUUUUUUUCCUUUUUUUUGUUUUAUUUUAAUUUGCCUUUCCUGUCUUUUAUAUGUGUUACAGGUGGGUUUUUUUUUUUUUUUUUUGUAUUUUUGUACAACUUUAACAAAAGCUUCAGGAUUCAGGACAAAGAGAUGAUGUGUUAUGAUUUGGUCAAAUUGUGUUCAAAUAAUUGCCAAACUUCUCUGUGCCAGAUGGUGAUUAUAAAAUAGAGGAUGUUUCAGUCCUCAAUUACUUUUGCCUUGAGACAAUCUUAACAUGUUGAUCUGGGGUUCGACGCUGCUGCUCCCCAGCUAUAGCUAGGCUAGAAAAACGGGUUCUGUUUUUCUUCGUUAGGGCCCCUCAGGUCUGAUCUAAUGCUCUAAUGCCAGAUUCCUAAUUUGUUUAGUUUGUUUCUAAGUGCCAACCUGGCUUUGUCAUAAAUUCUUGUUUGCAAUUACUCAAUAGGCCUAGGAAAAGAAAAAAAAAAACUUAGCUGAUGGACUUUUAAUUAGUUGUUGCAUUAUGCAAUUUAGCAUGUUCUUAAAACAGUGAUAAGACUGAUAUUGGAAUGUGGGGGAAAAAAUAGCAAAUGAUGUUAUUUGAUUCAAUUUUUUCAUUCCCAUACUCCAAAUCCAGCUGCUGAAUAUAAUUAAUACAGUACUAUAGAAAACAGGAAAGUGUUCAACCUCAAAUAAGCUACAGUACCACUCAGUUACCUCUCCCUCAUCACUACGCAAUACAGAUCUGUUACAAACAGAUUGGUGGAUGCACUCAACUCAGUUUCACGUUUAAAGGUUUCUUUCUCCAUGUUUCUAUAUUUUACUGUUUUUUUUUUUCUUGUUGUGAUAAGUGAACAAUAAGAGGUGUCUAAUUUGUCGAUUUCUUCAGUAUCUCUCUGACAGUGAUGGAGCAUGUUAGAGUUGGUGGGAAGCAAUUUGUUUUGUAGGUAAAGAACAUUUUUAUGGCAAACGUCCAAGAAAUGGAGUCAGGAAUGGAACCAAAUCAAGGAUACGUGUAUGUCUGUUAAAAGGAAAUUUUUUUUGAAAUGCCACGGAAUGACUGUGAGAUUAGGAUUUAUCAGAGGAUAGCACUUUAAAUGUGGAGUCAAAUUUUUUUUUUUUUUUUUGGUUUGGUUUUUUUUUUUUUGUUGUUUUUUGGAGCAGAUGUUGCCAGCUGGUGCUAUGAUUCGACUUCAAGUGACAGAAGCUCUCGGGAACCAAAGGAACAGAAACGUAUCAUAGAUGCUAUACCUCUGACGCUCGGUGAAAGACCGAGGAAUCUAUUAUUAAAACUAAAAGAGAGAGAGAGAGAGAGAGAGAGAGAGAGAUUACAUCGGGCACUUAAAGAUAGGAUUGUUUAAGGGGGGUAUGGGGGAUUUUUUUUCUUCUUUUAAAAUAUCUAAUUAUAUAUCACUUAUGCAUAUAGAGACAACUUUUUGUAUGUGUAAAAAUGAGAAAGGAAAGAAAAGCUUUGGUGAAGUGAAAGGCCAUUUCUUUGAUGGACGGAUGGUGGGGAUUUUUUUUUUCUUUAAGGCUGUGAAUCACACGUGGUUGUGACCAUACUUUUUUCCCUUCCCUGAUGACUGGGAAGAGCCUAGAAGAGAAACAGCUACUGAUUAUUUUCAAUGGAAUGCACCUCUUUAUCCUCUUAAAAACCAUUCAGGACUCCUCAAGACUUUUCUACCGUUUUCUGUCGUUUCCGUGAAUACAGGUCAACACCUCUUUAGAACAAUAUCAGGAACUCUGUCCAGUUUUUUUGGAUGUUUACUCUUCUUUCCACACUAAAAGCCGUUUAUUUUGACCUUCUUGGACCUCACGUUACUUUCAACUUCACAAGUGCAGCAGCAAAACUCGUCGACAACGGCGAUGACGACGUACAAACAUCUCCAUAGUUAAGGCCUCAGAAGCAGUAGCAACACGAAAAUGUUAUGAAACUGUGUACAUGCGGCGUCGGUGUGCGUCAGUCAGGUUAACGAAGAACACGCCGAUGUUGCGGGUCUCUUUUUACUCCAGCGCAACCUCAUGAGAACAGCCAAUGUAGAUUACAACUUUAUAUAUUCAUAACCUCAUAAUCAUAACCUAGUGUGACACGAUAUAAGGAGGUUUUUUUCAUAUUUUAAGAUUAUCUUUUAUAUUAGCCAGUCCCAUAAUGGCAGGGUGGUGGUUUCAGUGACAGUGAUGGACAUAUCUCAGUAUCAGAUGUGUGCUUAUGUUUGUUUCUGUUCAGUACAAUGCAAAGGAUUCAUGUGUAUGAUCGAUCAUUCCAAGUUGCAGAAUGUUAUCAGAAGUGUAAAAUAUUAGGGCUAAUACUAAUGUGCAGUAUCUCUUCAUAUCUGCCAGGUCAAAAAAAAAAAACCUCACAUCAGUCCGUCAUCACAUUUUUUUUCUUAAUUACUUUUA